CGAGGAACAAUCACGCUCAUUGUUCUACGUUCUGUGCUUGUGUAGUUCGUAUGAGGUCGUACUUGAGAUGGGUAUUGUCGGGAGGACCACAAGGCGAUACAGUGGCUCAGCCGUGCCCGCUUCUUUCCUGGAGCCACAGAGGGCACAGAGGAUUCGGUUCUGCAGGAUGGUCCGCGUUAUGCAGGUCAGCGGCGAGGUGGUGUGCAGAUUAUGGAUCUGUUUGGAAUGGAGUGUGACUGGGAUGAAACGAGACGGUGAGAGACGAUCAGUAUCGAAAGCGGCGAGGAGAAGGGUGCAUCGAGUGGCACGGUAUGUGAUAGGUUUGCCAUAGUUGCCACAAUGGAGUACCUGACAAUGGCGAGUUCCCCUGAAGUCCCAAGAGCCCACUUGAAUCCCGGCGACGUUACUCCCACCUGCAUGGGCAAACAGCGGCGUUGUAUCCAAUAUACGGGUAGCAACGUGGUGAAUCUCCGCAGUGGAGAGCAGAACGUGCGGUCGGUAUAGACCUCCUUGCUUCAACAUCCCGAGACCUGGCGGAGCCCAUCAACUCGGCGCUGGCUUACGGGCGGCAUCCCGUACACCGAAGUCAGGUCUCGCAAAGGUGCCUUGGUGCUCAUCGU